ACAGAGACACACAUACAUACACACACAGACACAUACAUACACACAUAAACACAGAGACACACAUAAACACAGAGACACACAGACACACACAUAACAACAUCAACAUCAGGACCAAAAGCGGAAGUCUUCGGAGCGUCCGAAACGUUUAGACAGCCAGCAGCAAAGUCGACCUCCAGAACAGUGAACCGUGCCAUCGUGAGGACCGCGGCAAGCCCACGGGCCGAGAUGGUGGCGAUGGUGAGGAUCGCGGUGAUGGUGAGGAUCGCAGCGAUGGUGAGGAUCACAGCGAUGAUGAGGAUCGCGGCGGUGGUGGUGGCGGCGGUGGUGGCGAUGUUGAGCGGACGUGGCCAUGGAGCGUCCCAGCUCAAUGAAGUGGACCUUCUCAACACGAUGUCGGGACACAAAGACCAGGGCUGGACAACCUAUCCCGACAAUGGUUGGGAGGAGAUCAGCGAGAUCGACGAACACAACCGGCCUCUGCGAACCUUCCAGGUGUGCAACGUGAUGGCCCCCCCGGAGAGCAACUGGCUCCGCUCCCCCGCGGUGCCGCGGGGCCCGGCACGCCGCCUGCUGCUGGAGCUGCGCUUCACGCUGCGGGACUGCGGGAGCAUCCCCGGCGUGCCCGGCACCUGCAAGGAGACCUUCAACCUCUACUUCGGAGAGGCGGGGGGCGCCGCCGCCGGCGGGGGGGGAGAGCCGCCGGCGCCGGCGCCGGCGCCGCUCAGCGAGGACGGCCUCGUCAAGAUCGACACCAUCGCCGCCGAUGAGAGCUUCACGCAGGUGGACGUGGGCGAGCGCGUGCUGAAGCUGAACACCGAGGUGCGGGAGCUGGGCCCGCUGUCCGGGCCGCGCGUCCUGGUGGCCCUGCAGGACGUCGGGGCCUGUGUGGCCCUCCUGUCACUCCGCCUCUUCUACAAGCGCUGCCCGGCGACGCGGCGCGGCCUCACGCGCUUCCCGCAGACGGUGGCCGGGGCCGACGCCUCGUCGCUCGUGGAGGUGCAGGGGCAGUGCGCCCCCAACGCAGGACCCCUGCCCCAAGGGGCCCCCCAGAACCUCCGCGCGGCACUCCGUCCGGCCCCCCUCUCGAACGCGGCGAGGCCCGAAAGCCUCCCCCCCUCCUCCCCCUCCUCGCCGGGGGGAGGGGAGACAAAGGCGGCCGUGACGGGGGGCGCGCCGGCGCCUCUGCCCCCGCCGCCGCGGAUGUUCUGCAGCGCGGACGGCGAGUGGCUGGUGCCGAUCGGCAGCUGCGGGUGCCGGCCCGGCUACCAGGAGGUGGAGGGGGACGACGGAGGAGGGGGGGGGGAACGAGGGGACGGUGAGCGGGGAACGGGAGGAGGCGCGGAGGUGACGUGCAGAGCGUGCAGGCCAGGCUUCUACAGCUCUGGGGGGCCCGGGGGAGACGGGGGGCGAGCGGGUUGCCUGCGCUGCCCCCCAAUGAGCCACUCGGCGCAGCAGGGGGCCAGCUUGUGUGAGUGCAGCGCAGGGUUCCACAGAGCCCCCCACGAAGCGGCUUCCACGCCGUGCACACGCCCCCCGUCGGCUCCCCGUGACCUCGUGUCGCGGGUCAACGGGACGUCCGUGUGGCUGUCGUGGUCGCCCCCCGCCGACCUGGGGGGUCGCUCUGACCUCUCCUACUCGCUGGAGUGCCUUCGCUGUGGCACUCCACCUCCUCCUCCUGCCCCUCAGCAACAGCUCCUCACACUCGGAUUCCCGCAGAAUUCCCGGCAGCAGCAGCAGCAGCAGCCUCUCCGGGUCUCUCCGGAAAACUGGAACACCAGCGCCGGUGGCGGCGGCGGCGUCAUUCGGGAUUCCUUGGGACUCAGGAUCCGGAACCGCCUCCUCCCGGCACGGUUCCGUGCCCAGGAUCCUGUCGGAGUUUUCCCGGAAUUCCGGGCGGGCGUCUCGGAGUCGGAGCGCCGCGAUCCGAGAUGGAACCCGCGGCGUCGCGAUCCUCCUCCUCCUCCGCCUCCUCCUCCGUCGAGACGACGUUCCCAGGGCCCCGAAGCUCGCCUCCCGUCGGCGCUAUCCCCACGCUUCCCGGAGCGCCGCCUCGCCGAGGAGGCGGGGAGAGAGCGGCGCUCCGCCCUCCCGCGGUCGGAGCGCCGCUCCGUCCGCUCGGCGUCGAGGCCGCGCGGCGGCGCCGGGGGGCGCGGCCCCCGGGGGACUCCGGCCGAGCUUCCCGGCGCUCCCGGCGCUCCCGGCGCUCCCGGCGGGGACGGCGGCUGCGUGCCGUGCGGGUCGCCCGAUCCGGUUUUCGAGCCGGCCCGGGAGGGCCUCGUCCGGGCCGAGGCGGCCGUGCGGGGCCUGGCGCCGCACACGGGCUACACGCUGCGCGUGCGCGCCGCCAACGGCGUCUCGGGCGCCGCCGCCGCUGGGCCCUUCGUGUCGGUCAGCGUCACCACCAACCAGGCCGCACCGUCGCGCGUCCCCUCGGUGCGCAAGGAGUCCAGCAGCAAGGACUCGAUCGGAGUCUCGUGGGAGCCGCCGCUCCACCCCAACGGACUCAUCCUGGACUACGAGCUCGCCGUCUCUGAGAAGGGCCGGCCCAACGUGACGGUGAUGUCCGUGCCGGUAGCCCGCGCCGUGGUCAGGGGCCUGCGUGCCGGGCGGCGCUACGAGAUCUCGGUGAGGGCCCGCACCGUGGCCGGCUUCGGGGCCUUCAGCCUCCCCGUCGAGUUCACCACGGCCCCUGGUGGCGCCUCCCACGCCGUGGCCACUGCGGGGGGCCACGUGACGGUGGCCGGCGUGACGGUGGCCAUCGUGGUGACGGCCGUGCUGCUGCUGGCCGCUGGACUGCUGAUCACUCGCAGGCACUGUGGGUACAGCAAGGCCAAGCAGGAUGAUGAGAAGCAGCAGUUCGAGAACGGGCACGCGAUGCUGCCCGGUGUCAGGUCCUACGUGGACCCCCACGUGUACGAGGACCCCAGCCUGGCGGUGCGUGAGUUCGCCAAGGAGAUCUCUCCCUCGGCCAUCAAGAUCGAGAAGGUCAUUGGUGGCGGGGAGUUUGGCGAGGUGUGCCUGGGCCGUCUGCGCUGCGCGGUCGGGGGGGCCGGCGGCGGGGGGCUGCUGGGGGGCCGCAGGGAGACGUGCGUGGCCAUCAAGACGCUGCGGCCCGGAUACUCGGAGCAGCAGCGCCGCGACUUCCUGGCAGAGGCCAGCAUCAUGGGGCAGUUCGAGCACGGGAACGUGAUCCAGCUGCGUGGGGUCGUGACCAAGAGUAAACCGCUCAUGAUCGUCACGGAGUUCAUGGAGAACGGCUCACUCGACUCCUUCCUCAGAAGGAACGACGGGCGCUUUGCGGUGAUGCAGCUGGUGGGCAUGCUGCGCGGUGUGGCGGCCGGCAUGCGCUACCUGGCCGACACCGGCUACGUCCACCGCGACCUGGCCGCCAGGAACGUCCUCGUCAGCGCCGGCCUCGUGUGCAAGGUCUCCGACUUCGGGCUCUCGCGUGUGCUGGAGGACGACUCGCACGCCACCUACACCACCGUGGGGGGUAAGAUCCCGAUCCGCUGGACGGCUCCCGAGGCGAUAGUGCUGCGCACGUUCACGUGGGCGAGCGACGUGUGGAGCUACGGCGUCGUCAUGUGGGAGGUGAUGUCCUACGGGGAGCGGCCCUACUGGGACAUGAGCAACCAGGACGUGAUGAAGUCGAUCGAGGAGGGCUACCGCCUGCCGGCGCCCAUGGACUGUCCAGCUGCACUCCACCAGCUCAUGCUCGACUGCUGGCAGAAGGCCUGCGCCGACCGGCCCAAGUUCGGCCACAUCCUCUCCCUCCUCGACCGCCUCAUCCGCAACCCCAACAGCCUCAAGAUCCUGGCCAACGCCACCACUAGGCCACACAACCCGUUCUACGAUCAGCACGCGCCGGGCUGUACCGCCUUCUCGUCGGUGGGCGAGUGGCUGGAUGCCAUCAAGAUGGGGCAGUACAAGGAGCGCUUCACCCGCGCCGGAUACGGCUCGCUCGACGCAGUCGCCCGUAUGACCAUUGACGACAUCCGGCGGACGGGCAUCACGCUGGUAGGACAUCAGAAGAAGAUCACGAACAGCAUCCAGUCGAUGAGGGCCCAGCUGAUGCACGUGGACAACACGGAGGUCAAAGUUUAAACGCAACGGCCGAGCGUGGUGACCCCCGCGGCCGCAACGGCCCAAAACGUCGACACGUGCUCCGGAACCGUUUGUUGGCCCAACGUUUGGACCAACGUUAGGCCCAACGUCGCGGCAAUGUCUGGCACCGACGUUGGCCCAA